UUUUCAAAAAAAUGUCCCAUCAACAGAAUGCACUCGCCGCGCAGGUCGCAGCACAGCUGCGGGUGCUGCAGCAGCAGCAGCAGCAGCUGUAUCAGCAACAGCAGAUGAUUCAGCAGCAGGGCCAGGCUGCUGCUCUUGCUAGCACUCAGUAUCCGAAGGCUGGCCAUCAACAGCCAUCAGUGGGAAGUCACCAGCCGAAGGCGGGACUGCAGCAGCCUCAGACGUGCUCUCAACAGCCGAGGGCAGGCUUUCAACAGCCGAAGGCGAGCUUUCAGCAGCCGCAAGCGGGCUCUCAACAGCCGAAGGCGGGCGUUCAGCAGCAUAAUCGCUAUGGUGUAGCAAACACUACGCUGUCGCGCCCAGGACCAUACACGACCAACCAGCUUGCGUCUAAUGCGUCAGCCUCGGGUGUGAACAGGCAUGGACCUCCAGGUGCUUCUUGAUAUAGUGUUUUUCGAGGCUGGAUAUGUGUGGUUGCUUGUGCAUUAAAAAAAUAGCGUAUGCGUCAGAAAAUACAACUUGACUAGUACCCAAGUCGUUUUCUUCAUGGGUAGAAAUAUUAAACAGGUACUACGGGCGUUUCGCAAUUCGCGAGGCCAGUCGGCGCCUCGAGCAGUCAGCCUGCUGUCCUGACAACUGCUCAGACAUCGCGAUCAACUGCUGUCCCGUCUGUGCAAGUGAGCGAACUGCAGAAAAAGAGCAACGAAAUCAGCAUGCUCUAUGAGAAGUAUUGGGCUGCAACGAACGCAACAACGGCUGAGCAAAAGAAGCUUCAAGUCGCGCAGAAGGAACUGCAAGACGCAAAGGCGGAGCUGGAUGAAGUGCGCAAGUUCAGCACGUACUGGGAAAACGAGACCAAGGAGAAAGAGCAAUCUUUGCAGGCGCUUGAGGCAGAUAUGCAGUUGGCGCGCAAGUGCGAAGAGGAUGCCCGUGUGCACAAGGCUGCAGCGGAUGCGGAGUUCACGUCGCUACGAGCAGCUUUGCAGCGGUCUAACGAGCUGGCGCAGGGGCGACUAGAUGAUCUGCGGAAAGCUCGCGAUGAGCUUCGUAGUGCGGACGAGCGUCUGCGUGAAGCAUGGGCUCGUGCGCGAAAUGAUGUGGAGCUCGUCAAGCUGACCCAUGAGCAGCGCAGAACCGAUCUGGCCGAUGAGUCCCUUGUUCUAGGCGAACAGGUGAAGACGCUUGAGGCCAGUGUGAAGCAUGAAGGUGAGCGUGCUGAUCGCUUUGAGGCGGAGGUGAAGGUGCUGGCGGCACAGCAGACGGAGUUGUCGAAAAAGCACAAGGCAGAGCUGGAAGCUGUGGCGGCUAAGAUGGAUCGCACGGAGACGGUGAACAGCCUCACAUCCGCUCUGGAGGAGGCAACAAAACAGAACAAGGACCUCAAGAUCAAACUCAGCGACGAGAUCGCAGAAAAGGAGAAGCUGCGUUCUGAAAUCGCUUCGAACCGUGGCGAGCUUGAGGCCAUCGAAGAGGAGUACAACAAGCAGACGGUGGAACUGAUGGCGCACCUAGAUCACUUGGCCAUGCAGUCGCAACUGUUGGAGGAGAAGCGCCGAGAGGAUGACGAGCUUCGCCGCAGCCACCUUGCGCAGGAAGGGGUCGUCUACUGCUCAUCGAACUCAGACGAAGAGAACGUCUUAUCUCCUCUAACACGAGACGAAGAAGCACAGCUGAGGGCGGGCGCGCCAUGCGGCAACGUUAGUGGAGAUCUGUUCGGUGACUCGGAUGAGCCGAUUGUGAUCACAUCGACUUCGGACGAUGAGGCGGUUUUGCCUGGUCUCGUUUAUGCAGGUUCAGGCGAGACCGCUGCAGUCUCUUCGUCUAGUUGAUGAAGCUCCGGCUGCUUCGGGCGAGGUCGUUGCGACUUCUUCAUCUCCGAUUGAGAUUCAGCCAGCGCCUGCUCCGGUUGAAGAUGAAGAUGAGAAGUGCUGGGCAUGUGCCGCGCACAGCGACAAGGGUGGUCUCUGGUGGCCCACUCCUGAUUGAUAGAGUUGUGAUCGUAUGAGAAAUUUAUUAAGCUAAGUGUACACUUGAAAUAUGUAUAAAGAGUAGUAUGAGACAACUUUGAAAUUUAAUCUGUAAAAAAGUGAGAUCUUCAAAGCCGAGCAUUCCAAAUAUUUUGUGCAACUUCUGUAAAGAUCUGAAGCUAGCUACUGCGACCCAUCAAAGAA